GGUCCCCGCCGAGCCGCCGCCGCCGACACCGAGGUGCCCCGGCCCUCCCCAGCCGCGGCCGUCACCGCGGAACGGGCUGCGCGGCGCGAGCACGAGGAGGCGGCCGCCAGCGCCGCCCGCAGCGGAGGAGGAGAAAGGGUGCGCAGCCCGGAGGCGGGGUGCGCCGGUGGGGUGCAGCGGAAGAGGGGGCCGGGGGGGGGGGAACUUCGUAGCAGUCAUCCUUUUUAGGAAAAAAGAGGGGGGGCAAACCCUCCCCCACCACCUCCUUCUCCCGCAGCGCACCACACACAGUGCGCGGGCUGCUCCUUGGGCACCGGCGGCCCCAGCGCGUCCUUCCUUGCCUACGUUUAGCAAGCUGCUUCUUUUUUCCCCCUUUCGGAAAACGCAUUGGCCCUGCGGAGUUUAAUCAGAAGAGGAUUCCGGUCCCGGUCCCCCAGCUCCUCCAUCGUCCCCCUGGCGUGUCUCUCUCCCCUGGAGGUCUGAAGCGGUCCGGUGGAUACGGAUCCAUGCCUGCGCUCCAGCGUGUGUGUGCGAGUGUAAAUUGCCGAGAAACGGGGAGAAUCCCAGGACUUCUGCAAAUGCUGGACUGAAAAUUGUAAUUCAUCUGCCGCCGCCGCUGCCUUUUUUGCCCCGCUGCGGUGCUCUUGAGAUCUCUGGUUGGGAUUCCGACGGAUUGACAUUCUCAGUGAAGCCGGAGUGUGAGGACCCAAUCUGGAAACCCUCCUGAUUUUUCCUCCACCUCGCCUCCAGACCCCAACUCCCGAUUCAUUGCAAGUUUCAAAGAAGCUUAUACAAGGAGACUUCUGAAGAUCGAUGGUGUGGUUGCCUUAUGUAUUUGUUUGGGUUUUACCAAAAAAGGGGAAACUUGACAGAAGAUCAUGCCGUCCUUAGAAAAUACAGUAAGUUCUUUGCACAGGAAUUUGGUUUAAUGUAACUUUUAAUGGACGCGUUUGAAAUAUUUUUUACUUCCAAGUGCAUUCAAGCAAAUUUAAUUUCCAGACAGUCUAAUGCAUUUUCUUUAACGUGUAACUUGUAACGGAUAUACCUUUCUUACCUUAAAUAUAUAAAGGAAAACACACCUGAUUUUAACUUCCUAGGUCGUCCCGCCUCCUCACCUUUCAGCAUUGCGGAGGAAGUAGACUGAUAUUAACAAAGCUUAAUAAAUAACGUGCCUCAUGAAAUAAAAAGCCGAAAGGAAUUUGAAUAAAAUUUUCCUGCAUCUCAUGCCAAGGGGGAAACACCAGAAUCAAGUGUUCGGCGUAACGAAAGACACCCCUUCAUCCAAGAAUGCAAAGCACACCCAAUAAAAGAGCUGGAUUAUAACUGUUCUUUUUUUUUCUUUGGGGCCGUGGGGCGGGAGUCGGGACGCGAAGUGCUGUUGGUACCUGCAGCUUCUUUUCGGGGAAGGAUGGCGCAAGCCGGGAGAACAGGGUAUGAUAACAGGGAGAUCGUGAUGAAGUACAUCCAUUAUAAGCUGUCACAGAGGGGCUACGAGUGGGAUGCUGGAGAUGCGGACGUCGCGCCCCUGGGGGCUGCCCCCACCCCUGGCAUCUUCUCCUUCCAGCCUGAGAGCAACCCAGCGGCCGCUGUGCACCGUGACACGGCUGCCAGGACGUCGCCUCUAAGGCCCCUCGUCGCCACUGCUGGGCCUGCGCUCAGCCCUGUGCCACCUGUGGUCCACCUGACCCUCCGCCGUGCUGGGGAUGACUUCUCUCGUCGCUACCGUCGCGACUUCGCUGAGAUGUCCAGUCAGCUGCACCUGACACCCUUCACCGCGAGGGGACGCUUUGCCACGGUGGUGGAGGAACUCUUCAGGGAUGGGGUGAACUGGGGGAGGAUUGUGGCCUUCUUUGAGUUCGGUGGGGUCAUGUGUGUGGAGAGCGUCAACAGGGAGAUGUCACCCCUGGUGGACAACAUCGCCCUGUGGAUGACUGAGUACCUGAACCGGCAUCUGCACACCUGGAUCCAGGAUAACGGAGGCUGGGAUGCCUUUGUGGAACUAUAUGGCCCCAGUAUGCGGCCUCUGUUUGAUUUCUCCUGGCUGUCUCUGAAGACCCUGCUCAGCCUGGCCCUGGUGGGGGCCUGCAUCACUCUGGGGGCAUACCUGGGCCACAAGUGAGGUCAACAGACCUGUCCCAAACAAAUAUGCAAAAGGUUCACAGAAGCAGUAGAAAUUAUAUGCAUUAUCAAUGAUAUACCAUGAAACAAAGUUGUGAUCUUUUUUUAAAGCAGAGUACACACACAGACACACACACCACACCACACCACACACACACACACACACACACACACACAUACACACACACAUACACACCACAAACACCACAUUCAGGCAAAUGGUCGAAUCAGCUAUUAACUGCCAAAGGGAAAUAUCAUUUAUUUUUUACAUUAUUUAGGGAAAAAAAGAUUUAUUUAUUUAAGACAGUUCCACUGAAACUCCAGGCUUUGAAAACCCUACCAGGAAUUGCCAAGAAGCAUGUGUGGCUCCACCUGCCGGCCUGUGCCUGUGGUCAUGAAUCUAUUUUCCAUAUUGGCCAAACUGGCCCACCAUCUAAAGAGCAAAAGGCGCAGGACCGUGACUGGUGCGGAAGCCUGCAGUCUGGCUGCUAGAAGCUGUGGAGAAGGCUUCAAUGUCAUCUCUAUCCACUGGCCCUGGGGGCCAGAAUGCUGGAAGGGGCAGGUGCCUACAAGAAAGCCUGGUCUUCCUUGGACUGGAGAGAGGACUUUUGUGUAUGACUCAUAUGGUACAUAUCCAGUCAGAGGACAAAGGCUGGAAACUCCAGAUGGACUUGGUACCCGCUGAGACUUCCCUACUGAAAGACAGUGAUGGGAAAAUGCCCUUAAUCCAUAGGAAAUUAUUUUUUUAAGCUACCAAUUGUGCCGAGAAGCAUUUUAGCAGUUUAUACAAUAUCAUCCAGUACCUUAAGCCCUGACGUAGAUAAUCAUAUAUUUUGGAUACACACACUCCUCCAAUACUCACUCUGUCUGAGGAGGAAACAGAAGCUUCUGGAUUCCAGGAAGUGGAUGUGUGACGACUUCUUCAGCAUCAGGAAGAAUGGGGUCACCUAGCGCUUCAGGCAGCCACAAGUGCCUGCCUGAAGGGCAGACCAUCAUCUGCAGAACCUCCCUGUGGCUAAGCAACUCGUCCUGGGCAGCCUGCCCUGAGUGCGGCCCUCACCAGCCUCCUCACAGGGUUUGGAACAGAGUGGCUGGUCUCUGAGUGUCUGGAAGCUCUCAGAGAUCAGACUUGCCCAGUAAGAAAGAGCAAUAUUGAGACUCACUUACUGGGGCCUGCUACCCUCAGGCCUUCCAGGCUGGGCCUGUCUGGAGCAGGAGAACUGCUCCUCCUAAGACACUUGCCACUGUAGAGAGGAGAAAGCAGGCUCAGGGCCUGUCCUGCCAGAGGGCGUAAUGAAGGCAGAGACCCCCACCUCACAAGAGAAGAAGCCCGUGGCCCUUAGGCAGCCACAGGUUCCUGCUGGCUGUGCUCUGCCACCCUUGAGGCAAGGCUUUAAGUUACUUUGGCCAUAAAACCUAAGGAAGCACUGAAGCAAGGUUCAUGGAGUCCAUGACCCAUGUCUAUGGAUUUACAUGCAAAACAUUAUCUUGUAGUUUGGUUUUAUUUGAAAAUCUGACAGAGGGAGAGAAUAAAAAGUUUCAGGUAUGUAUAGAAUGUGGAGAUUAUCUGUACAUCCUGGGGCCAAAAGAAAAAAAAAAGACGGAAAAUUAUAGAGGAAUAACAGAAGAAGUGAAAUCUCCAACUAAUGAGAUUUCCCAAGUUUAGAAUUAGCAUGGGGAUAUUUGUGGAGUAACUUUGGGGCAUUAUCACACCCUGUACCAUUCAUCUGUAUUAACGUUGGAAUGUACUUCAUUCAAUGUUUAUUACUGUGGUUGAUAUUUCAAAAGCUGCUUUCAAAAAGAAUUCAUGCAUCUCAGCAAUGUUUAAGUUGUAUUUAGUUAUGACCUCUAGAAUGUUUGUUAGUUACACAAACAAAAGAGAUACUUUUUCCAUUUGAGGUAUUUGUCUCUUGAUUCUUCAAAAGCAUUUCUGAAAAGGUGGGAACAGCCUGAGAGAGAUUCUAGGGGCUCAAGAAGCUGGGUUUGCUGUUCCCUCUGCUGUGUUGUUGGAGCUUGCCCUCUGCCUGGACAGACCCUAGGAUUGCUCGUUGAGAUGGAUAUAGCCGUUGCCCACUCAACCUUGUUUCUUCAAAGUUUACUCGCCCCUGGACAGUUCAGCAUUUAACUUGUUACCUAGGAUUACAGGCAUGUUUGGUUAAACCCAUGGCAUUCAUUCAGUUAGAAAUCCAGAUGGGAAACAGAGUAAAGAGUUAGGAUCUGGCUAUGGCAGCUGGGCCUUCAGAGAGUUGCUUUGUGUGGCCUGUUGAGAAUAGAUGUAUCAGGAGUCCUCUUAUCCACCCUCCCCCAGGCCUGCUUCCCCCUGCAGAGAGAGAGAGAGAGAGAGAGAGAGAGAGAGAGAGAGAGAGAGAGAGAGAGAGAGAGAGCCAGACCUCCCCAGUAGGUCUCAGAGAACAAGAUGAUCAGAACUUUUCAAGUUAUUCUAAUUUUUAAGCAAAAUAUUAUCCUGUGAAAGGUUUACAUUCUCCACAAGGUGAAUACUAGCCAACCCUGUGCUGCUGUCCUGCCAAGACCAUUGUAGUGGAGGAGUCUGCAGUACACACCAAGUGUCCGGCUCCUUCAAGCUGCUUUUUGAAGUUACGAUGAAGAACACAGACAUUUUAAAUAUAAAACCUGUUUCUCUUCUGUUUUUGUUGUUAUUGUUUGAACUUGGAUUUGUAGAGUAUCUGAAAAAAACUGUACAUACAUUUAAAAAAAAGAAGAAGAAGAGGAAGAAGAAGCUCACAGGAGUCCUUCAGGUGUGGGAUUUUGUUUUCUGAUUUGAAUGGCAAAUUCGCCCAGUCACUGGACCCCAGCACUGGACAGUAUUGGGGCUGCACUUGCGAUAAAAGCAGUUGGUGGUGCAUUUUUUUUCUUGUUAAAAACACGUUAGAGGCGAAGAGUGUAUAUAGAAGCCUUGACUAGCCUUUUUCUUCCUCCUUUUUUUUUUUUUUUUUUUAAUCUCAAUUAUUUUGCAGUCAGGCAACAGAGAGCCAUCUGCAUGUAGUUCAUAUUUGAGAAGGGUUUUAUACCUGAAUCUCACCUCCUCUGUAAGCUUUGACAUCUCCUCUCCAUCAAUCAAAACCAAGCAGACAUAGAAGUGGGCUGAGAGACUCAGAGAACCGUUGAGAAGAGCGGCCCAGUGCCUUCCAUAGCCCCAGUGCUCACCCGGGCGCUCUGAAAGAGAGAUGGAGAGAAACGGAGAGGUUCAUCCCCAGUGUUUCCUCAGGGGCUGAACUUGUGUGCAGGCUUGAGAUUUCCACGAGAACCACAGUUAAGGGAACACUUUCAUGUAGUUCAAGUAAAACCCUCCAUCCUGCCCAGCUUGCUUGUCUCUGCAUGUUCGGGUGUGGCCUUUAUUCAUACAUACAUUUUUUCCAUGGGCACAUACUUAUUUAUUACAUCUAAGAGCCUUGCUGUGUCUAGGAACGGGGAAGCAGGGUUUAGGAAGUGCUCACAAACCCAGAGGGAUUAUAAUAGCCAGGACUGAAUGUAGAUAAUGGGGCAGUACCCACACGUGUAGGUCCCACACUGAAUAGAAUAGGCAGAAUUGUGAAUACUCUGUGUUUGUAAUCGAACCUAGACUAAAACAAGUCAUAAAUGUAAGCGUCAACGCUAACUGUGCUUUGAAGGUGGUGGGUGUCUCUAUACCUCCUUAUCACUUACGGUUAGAAAUGUACACCUACCCUAUCAGGAACAAAUAACAGGAAAAGGCUGAAAUACAAGCCAGUCUAAGGAAAUGAGGGAGCCAUUGAAGUUCUAUUCUGAUCUUAUUCUAUGGUGUCUAUUGCAGCUCAGACAAAUAUGGUCACACACUUUUUAAGACAUACAAUUCUACAUUGUCGGGCCCAUGAAGGCUCUAAUCUGAUCUGUGCUGUUGCCCAAUUUGAAUCUUUCAGGGAUUUUUCUAUGCCAUUAUUAUAAGGACAGAGGACAUUUGUUAUGAGGUGAGAGAGGGAGAGGAAGAAUUCUUAACGAGUAGAGCAUUCCCCAGAUGGACCAGGGUGUGAAGGUCUUCAGUGAACUCAAACUGUGAGGAAUGAGGGACCUUUACGGGGGUCAACGUUAUGUUCAUCUGAAGGCUUUCUGCAUUCUUGCUUCUGCAAGACCGUUUUUAAGCUCUAUUGUACAUUUAGAUUCCAAGGACAUUGACAUAGUUCAAAGUCUGGCUUAAACAUGGUCAUGCAAUAGCAUAUGUUUCAAGUUGGAUACGGCUAAUGAGUAUUUCAACAGUAAGUUUGACUUUUUAACCAAUGGGAUAUUUAAACAACAGCCUUCCAGUUGGUAGGGACAUCUGUUUCUCACUGUUUAUUAUACACAAUGUAGAAAAAAAUUAGAUAAGAUUGAAUUAAGUAAAACAUUGAGAGACCGAAUUAGGUAAACAAUUGUGGUGGCCUUUUAGCCUCAGCCAGGGAAUUAUUCAAUCCUCAGUAGACAUCUGUGCACUGUGCAUCUCACUGGACAUGAAGAAAACCAGGUAGAGAACAGAUGCUGCCUGAGCGUUUCAUCCUGGAUACCCAAGAAGAAUAACCUAAACCUAAAGCCAGUGUUCUGUGCACCAAGCCCAGUACAAAAGACAAAAACAGUCAUGGGAAACGGAAAAGCUAGCUGAUUGGAAAUCCUGGGAAUGUUAAAUGUGCCGGCCAUGAGGCUGUGUCUCAAUGCCCGUACCUUCCUACUUGGGAACCUCCAGAUGGCUCCCUUCAUGAAAUCCUCCCCUCCAAGAUAACAUCUGAAGGAUUGAUGGCAGAUUCAGUUUCCUUUAGGAGACACUUUCCUUUGGAGAGGAGGGUUCUUUGUUAAAAUAUCUUCUUAGGUUUUCAACUAAGCUUUGCUUUGGCUUCAGUUAUAUUGGGGUUAUUUCUAAGUAAAGUAAUGUACAAAUGAGUGUUUUGUAUUGAAAGCUUUGUUACCAAGAUUUUCAUACUUUUGUCCAUGGGCUGCUUUUAAGGUUGAGACUUAGGUGUGGCUGAUACCUAUAGCACUGUACAUACAAAAAUAUAUAAAUGUGCUUGGCGUAGUUACGGUAAAGUAAGUCUCCAGUUGGCUACGGUUACAUAUAAUGGCACUUUGUUUGUGUUGUUAGAAAACGUUACAUUGCCUUUAACUCCCCAUGUCUGUCGGAAGAAAAAUAAAGUACAGUGUGCAGCA